AUGGCUCAUUUGAAUGUGGCAAUUUUCAUAAUUUGUCUCAUGCUCAGGGUAUCUGGAUUUUUGAUUCCAGACUUGGAAACCACUCAUCUCUUUGUUAGUGUCACCGGAAGUGAUCAUAAUUCCGGGAGGGACGUCAGCCACCCUUUCAAAACAAUACGGACAGCCAUUUCACAUCUCAGCAACCCUGACAUCAAAGGCAAAAAUGUAUUUAUAGAACUUAUGCAAGGCUAUCACGAUCUGACGUCUCCAGUCAGCAUGCGUCACAGUGAUGCAAGAACAGUGACAUUCCGUGCCCAUAAUAACGAAGAAGUGCAUGUGACAGGUGGGAAAAGAUUACCGACGACAUUGUUUAAAGGAGUCAGUGAUCCUGGCAUCCUCCAUCGAUUACCAGCCGAAUCUAGGACCAAGGUAGUAGAAGCUCGUCUGUCCGACGUCGGUCUGUCCCAUCUCUGGGAUCUUUCUACUUAUGGAUUCUAUAUUGAAAGAAAUGCUCCCAUGGAGAUAUUCUAUAAUGGUGCCCCCUUGAGGAUGGCUAGGUGGCCAAACGAGGGUCAGGGCUAUAUCAAUAUUGCAUCACUGGUGGACGGCCAAAAUGGGAGGAGUUUCACCUUCUCAGGAAACAGAGCCAGUCGAUGGAGUCAGGAAACAAAUAUGUGGGCUCAUGGCUUCUGGUACUGGAGCUGGGCAGACCGAUCUGUCAAGGUGAAAUCCGUCACGGCAUCAAACAAUACCAUUACUCUGGCUCAUACUCCUCAGUACGGACUGAGGACAGGUCAUUUCCAUGCCGGUCAUAACUACCAGUACAGUUAUCGUGACCAGGGAGGAUACUUCCGGAUCAUCAACGCUCUUUCCGAGUUAGACGAGCCUGGUGAGUACUAUAUCGAUAGGACCUCGGGAAUACUCUAUAUGUGGCCACCAUCAUCAACUGGGAGUCUGGAUCAACAUGACAUCAUAUACGCCUCAAAUGUAGACUGCUGUUUCAAGUUAGACUACACAUCUAAUGUGAUAUUUGAUGGCUUCACUAUAGAGGCUUGUCGCCGCAACGGCAUCGUCUCAAGACAUGGACAAAACAUCACCGUUCAGAGGAUGGAAGUACGAAACACAGGUUCUUACGGAAUCGAAUGUAUUAACUGUCUGAAUAUCAACAUAACCGGAUGUGACGUUCAUCACGGGGAUGGUGGCAUUAGAGUAUCCGGAGGUACCAGGUCAACUCUCUCACCUUCUCAUAUAUCGGUUACCGACAAUGUCGUCCAAAGUUUCAGUAGAGAAACAGCUGUUGGUGCCAACGCCAUUACCGCUGAUGGUGUAGGGAUAUACAUGGCUUACAAUCACCUACAUACGGCCCAGUACACAGCCAUCAGAUGGAGUGGAAACGAUCACGUGAUGGAGUAUAAUAAUGUGCAUCACGUCUGUCAAAAUUCGAGUGACUGUGGAGCUCUUCACACGGGACGUGAUUGGACAGGGAGAGGCUGUGUUGUUCGGUAUAACCACGUGCACCAUAAUCCCCGCCUUUUUCCCGGGGCCGACGUACGGGGUGUUAUGUUGGACGAUCAAUAUUCUAGUGUCAACAUUCAUGAUAAUGUUUUCUACUAUAACGACAUUCACGUUAAUAUAGGCGGUGGCCGUGACAACAUCAUUCACAACAAUGUGUUUUAUGAGGCAUUUAAAGCAACCAUGCAAGUAGAUUCCAGAGGUGUUCCGCAUAGCAGUAACGAACAAGACUUACAGAGAAAGCUUCAUGCUGUUCCGUACAAAAGUACAUUGUGGGCUACACGGUAUCCCAAGUUAGCCGUUAUAGAUUCAAAUGUACCGGAUGAACCACGUGGAAAUGAAAUUUCAUUUAACAUUUUCUACAAUUCGGCGGCUACUGCCUUCAUAGGAUCAAUCGAAAAUACAGAUUGGUUUAACAUCUCAUUUAAUCGCCAGGCUUCGAGUCCAGCUGAAUUUUUUGACCCUGCAAACGUCGACUUUCGACCUCGUUGUUCUCUCGCGGAGUACACAAAUUUGGUCCACUUCCCGAAUCCUAUUCGUUUGUCCCAGGUCGGCCCGAGGGGAGGGAUCGGUCCAGUGUACAAAGGACAAGCCGGUUCCACACGUGACGUCAGCGUUACAAGCCGUGACGCUCCUCUUCCUUGUACUACACAUACGCCCUCGGCACUUACACCUGUGACAUCAUACCUGCCGGAUGGGUCACAUCAAAAUACUAUCGAACAUACACCAAAUGAAGGCUGUUGGUUUAGUGCGCAGGUCUGCCCUAAUGAUCCUGGAUUUACAUCAGGUCUUAAGCGUGAUGUAGACGGCGAGAAACAUCUGAAUACUGGACAUAAUGAGUCUGCCUGUCUGGGCCGAGUACCCUAUAUGGUGACCCACUGCGGCAGCCAAUCAAAGUUCUCCGUUAUCUACGGUCCCACAGGGGCCAUGACACUAGGAGGAUUUGGAUGUUACUUCGCACAGUUUGGCUGCCCGAAAUAUCACAAUUAUCAUGUAGGAUUCGUACGCGACAAAUGGGCUGAACAACAUCAAAACGCUGCCCAUGAUGAGCACAAAUGUUUGUCGCGUGCUCUCGCGGAAUGGAAGUAUUGCGGAUCUGAUCCUACUUAUCCAUACACCAGUAUAUACCUUCCGACAGGACGACGUGUGACUGCUGGUGGUGGGUGUUGGAUUUACAUCACCAACUGCCCUGCAGAUCCAUCUGUUAACACACCACAUGAUUUAUUCUAUGAUGCGUGGGGAGCGUCCAACACCGGAUCAGACCAGAGCAUCAUAGCUUGUUUCCAGAGAGCAGACGAUUACUGGAUACAAUGUGGAAGACACAAAGACGCACCCGUAACAGCUUUCUAUCGACCGGAGGCCAAUUCCAGGACCGUUCCCUAA